UCGCCAGCUAGGUCAGAUUGGAUUGGAGCUACAUUUUUCUUUUUUGAGAUUAGCAAAACGAAGAAGAAGAGAAAAUGAAGCUCAAACUAUACGUGUAUAGGAUGUCACAACCUGCGCGUGCAAUUUUGAUCUUCUGCAAGGUCAAUGGUAUAGAAUUCGAGGAGGUGCAAAUCAGCCUAGCCAAACGCCAGCAAAUGUCACCUGAUUUCAAAAAAAUAAACCCUAUGGGACAAGUUCCGGCUAUUGCUGAUGGGAGCUUUAAUCUGUUUGAGAGUCAUGCAAUUCUUGUCUAUCUUGCUUGUGCGUUUCCUGGAGUAGCAGAUCAUUGGUAUCCUGCUGAUCUUUUCAGGAGAGCUAAAAUCAACUCAGUGUUGGAUUGGCACCACUCUAACUUACGCCAUGGUGCAUCAACAUAUGUUCUAAAUACUCUACUUGCACCUUUUCUUGGACUUCAAUUGAAUCCACAAGCAGCUGCUGAAGCUGAGAAACUUUUGUCCUCCUCUUUGUCAAAAAUUGAGUCUAUUUGGCUCAAAGGGAAUGGAAAGUUCUUGUUGGGUGGCUUUCAACCAUCCAUAGCAGAUCUCAGCCUGGUUUGUGAAAUUAUGCAACUUGAGCUUUUGGACGAGAACGACCGCAGUCGGAUACUUGGCCCGCACAAGAAAGUUCUAGAGUGGAUUGAGAAUACAAAAAAUGCGACGAGACCUCACUUUGAAGAAGUACAUCAAGUCCUCUACAGAGCCAAAAAGAGAUUUCAAGAGCAGCGGUCGACGGGAGCAAACAACACUAAUUCGAGCAAAAGAUUGGGUUUGCCUUCAAAGAUGUGAGAAUCCAUGUAUGUAUCAUAGAACUCUCAAGAAUAAUAGGCUUUUCAUGUGGAAGCUUGAGCCUGGCCUUCAACUGUAUAUGUCACUCUAUGCGUGAAUGUCUAAUAUUUACUGUCUUGCUUUACUAUCAAGCUAGUACAUGGGCUUCAGCACUUUCAUAUAUUGUUACUUAAGGAGAGUUGAGAUGCACCAUUCUAUUU